AUGACUUCACUUUUAGCGCAAACAACAAAUGCCGCAGUUGCAGGUGGUACCCCCGCGGCGACGUUGAGUUUGUAUGAAGAACAUGAGCGGCUGGUGCGAAGCAUACAAAACCUUGAACUCAAGACGAUGAUCUGCAAAACAGAAACGCACCAUCUCCAAAAGGAGGAGAGCGCAGCCAAACAGGAAGUGAAACGAAUUCAAGCUGUCCCGUUGGUACUUGGCACUUUUGUGGAGGCAGUAGAGGCGGGUCGUGGUAUUGUAGGUGGUAGUUCGAGCAGCAACUACUAUGUACGCAUUUUAAGCACCUUGGACAAGGAAAAACUGAAACCUGGCGCAAGUGUGGGGUUGCAUAAGGGCAGCAAUUCAUGCGUCCAGAUUCUUCCCAAUGAAAUAGACUCGGCGGUCCACGUUCUCCGUAAAGAAGAUAGGCCAAACGUGACGUACAGUGAUGUGGGUGGGCUCGACAUGCAAAAACAAGAAAUUCGGGAAGCGGUUGAGUUACCUCUUACACAUGCCUCACUAUACGACCAGAUUGGAAUCGACCCUCCACGUGGCGUUUUGCUCUACGGCCCACCCGGCACCGGCAAAACAAUGCUUGUGAAAGCUGUUGCACAUCACACGAAUGCGGCCUUCAUUAGUGUGGUGGGUUCGGAAUUUGUGCAGAAGUACCUUGGCGAGGGUCCGCGUAAGGUGCGUGAUGUGUUUCGACUUGCACGAGAAAAUGCCCCGGCAAUUAUUUUUAUAGACGAGGUUGACAGCAUUGCAACCAAACGUUUUGAUGCGCAAACCGGUGCUGAUCGUGAGGUUCAACGGGUGUUAAUUGAGCUGUUGGCCCAAAUGGAUGGUUUUGAUCAGACAACUAACGUGAAAGUUAUCAUGGCGACCAAUCGCUGGGAUACGCUGGACCCCGCAAUCCUUCGGCCUGGACGUCUUGAUCGCAAGAUCGAAUUCCCCUACCCCGAUCGCCGUCAGAAACGGCUUGUCUUCCAGGUUUGUACAUCUCGAAUGAACCUUUCACCUGAGGUUGACUUGGAGGAAUUUGUCACGCGACCGGAACGGCUUACAGGUGCAGAUAUUCAGUCCAUUUGUCAUGAGGCGGGUAUGUUGGCGGUGCGGAAGAACAGAUAUGUUGUCCUACCAAAAGACAUUGAAAGUGCCUAUCGUACAGUCACUCGCAAGACGGGUGAUGAACAAUAUGAUUUUUAUUCGUAG